UCUAAUCACUAGGCUACCUGUUCAAGAGUAACAUUCAAGUUUAAAAAAAAAAAAUGAAUGUAUGCUUUUUAACAGUGUCAUUGAGGGUGAGUUUGGAGGGAUUUUGGACAGAGGCUCCUUGGUGGCCAUCAACCCAUGGGACAGAGAAAAGUAUGACCACAUGAACUGGUCUUCCCUCUGUGAUUCAACAAGAAAGCCCAGAUUGCUUUGACACAUAAUAAGUUCUGUCUGUUGUUUCACUGUAUGCUACCGGUGUGCAGCACUGAUCAUGUCGUUAAUGGACAAGGACUGCCGAUACCACUUGGACACUUUUUUUUUUAUACAAUCCUGUAUUGUUCAAAGGUACGAUAUUUCUGAAAUAAGAGCGGAAAUUCUAUUUGUCUUCCAUUCAUUCUAGAUUCAUGCAAGUGUAACACAUUGAUUCAAACAUACAGUACAGUAUGCAUGUAUGUAAUUAACCUUCCAUGACCAUUCUUUAACACCUCUCUAUAGGUUCUCCAUUUUAUGUGCCUGAUGAGGAAGUUAACAGACUUUUCAGAGUUUUAUUAACACAAUUACAUUUGUCAUUGAUAAUACCUUUAUUACUCUUACUGCCUUUUAAAAAAUAUCUAUCAUUGAACUGAAAUUGAUAUUUAACAUAGAAACCAAUUGAAUGGAAUAUAAGAAGAUGUUGUACGAGAGAAUUGUGGUAAGGUAAUUUAAUGGUAUUUUCUUUUAAUGUAUUCCAGGGAGGAGUUGUGGUACUAAGCUUAUACAGUCUUCAAAUGCUCUCCCAGAGGUUAAGGAUAAGGAAUGGGGCUUGGAUGUCUUCAUAUAGAGAGUUAAUCUCCUCACACCAAAGGCCUCAUAAACAUGAUUUAAUGGGCUUCUCUGAGACUACAGGGAGAGAUAGUGCAUUGAAAAUGAUUGUCAGGAUAUUUGGUGUUCUAUUAUUAUAUUUGAUGUAUUGUUAUUUGCUUUGUUGACAGUUUGGAAAUGAAUGUCGAAAUAUGCCAAGUCAAUUCUUUCAUAUGGAUAAUGAACUGAAUUUCCAGUGUUUUUGAAACGUCUGCCAUUUUAAUAUAAAAUUGCAGACAUAUUGUCUUUCGUUUUUUAUUGUUAGAUGGUAUCAUAGAUAUUUUGUCUUAUUGAAAACAUUUCUCUAUAGUGAAGGCAAGGAACUUUUAGAUACUCUAGAUACAUUAGAUACUCCAUAGUAAUUGUUAUGAUGAUUCUGAACUGUCUUGAAAUGCAUAGGCCACCUCAUUGCAAACACCCGAUUAGCCACACCAAGGUACUGCAUUGGAUUCUGCGCUUCUCUCUUUUCAAGUGCUGCCACAUAGACCCGAUUGGCUGUUGCCUAGAUACUAGACCUACAUUUUUAGUAAACACUUCGAGGGUAGCAGGGAGGAAGAUGAGCUUUAUGGUAUAAAGGAGAAAUGCCGAAACCACAAAAGGAAACGAUCAGCAUACCUCCACCUGGGCGAUGGAACUGGAAUGAUGAAACCCAAGCCCUCGAGUUCAUUAGUUUUAGUACAUCUGUGGAGGUAAAAGAUAAGAGAAAAAAGACUAAACCUGUCAAUUUUCAAGAUCUUGCCAGCAAGCGUCCAGAGAGGCAAACGCAGUCAUCGGCCAAGAGGGGGGGACAAAGCAGCAGGAAGACUGUGGGUCCUGCUCAACUCAAUGCCUACAAGUCCUCAGUAAAACGGGGUCAGAGGGACUAUGUGACCAUUGAGGAUGUGAAACAGGUGGCACUCAGUUUGCUGCAGGAGAAUGAUGCACUCCCCAUUCCACUUUGCUUCCUGUCUGUGUUGAAGAGCAGAGAGCUGGAUGAGUUCCUGGCUGCCCUCCUGCUCUACCUGUCCUGUUACUUUGAGAGGAAGUCUCUGGAGAAGAAGCCCAAGCCUCUCAUGGCUGAGCAGAGUAUCACAGAGAAGCAGGUGAUGGCGGAGACCCUUGCUAAGGUGGAGCUGGCCCAGAAGCAGCUGGCCUUCUGCUACUCCAGCCUGGUCCUGGGCCUGGGCCUAUCCCAGCAGCACCACAUGGCCUGUGGCAGGAGCCGUGUGUCAUUGACCUACAAAGACAGGCAGUUGUAUGAGUGUCUGUACAGCUUCUUCUGCUACGUGGCGUGGGUGACGUUCAGUAGGAAGGACCUGAGGGGCAUCCAGGAGGAGGUGGGGCGCCUGCUGCGUUCUGACACCUUCAACCCCGCCCUCAGGACCAGGAUAGAUGCCACAGAGGACAGCCUGGCCCAGGACUCCUCCACCAAAGAGGGACAGACUGAGCCCAAAGUGCACACACAGAGCCACAAUGCCCCAGAACAAAGGAAGUCCCAGCGUCGUCCGGCCUUGAGUAAGAUGGUGGCCCAGCGCUCCCCGGUCAUGGUGUCCCUGCUGCCAUAUCCGCGGGAGGAGGCUCCUCAUCUGUUCUGCCGCUACAGACCCAGGAAGCAGAGCCAGGCCAAGCUGUGUAACCCAGAGACCCUGAUGGAGGAGCUCAAAGAGCAGCUGGCCUCUGUCAGCUUUGGGAUUCUGGGGAAGCCUCUGAGCCAGUUCAGCUGCACCACCCUUAUGCCCCAGGGAGCCAACAACGAAGACGAGGAGGAGGAGGAAGAUGACGAGGAGGAUGACGAUGAUGAAGAAGACUCCGGCGUCCAUGUUCAAAGCAGUAAGAACACCUUCGUGGCUCAGAGACCUGUCGCAUCAGCAGUGGACCAACGCGGCAGCCUCAGCCGCGCCAAUACAGUCAUCUCACGGGCCACCACAGAGGGAGUGUCCUCAGACACAGAGUGAGUGUAUGUGCGCGUCCCCCAAAAUUUGACCAAUUAAAAAAAAAAAAAAAACAUAUAAAAUGAUGUAUUUUUAGUCACCGUGUUUCAUAAUUGGCCUUCAAUUCGCAUAUGGCUGAAUGUAUCUCACCAGAGAAAGCAUCCGAUCGAGCGAAACGGCGCCCCUCUGUCUCAGUAUAUGUAGCCCAUCUAUCUGAUGCUGUCUGGCCAAAAAGAGUAUGCCAUUGUUGCAGCCUGUAGCAUUGAAUUUAAUAGCAAGGGAAGCUAGCAAGCAUUUUGCCUCCCUUGAUAAUGUUUAAAUAAAAAAAAAAAACAAUCAGCAUUGAGCUAAACUGUGUGAGCUCAAUUGU